AAUGAACUGAAGCAACUAUGUUUGUUGUUAUUCUUCUUAAUUUUCACGUGUAGUUUAAUCUUUUUUUAAAAGUUAGAUGAAAAUUUGAGAAAUUUGAUUUGAAAGAGUAUUUAAAAGCUGACUUCGAUAUUUUAUGUUGCAACAACCAUUCCUGUAAUAUGAAAGUGAAAAUUUUGUCAAGAAAUCCAGAUGACUAUCUAAGGGAAACAAAGCAUGAUAUUCAUAAAAUUCAAAGAAAUUAUGAUCCUGCUCUUCAUCCUUUUGAAGUUGCCAGAGAAUACACCAGAGCUCUAAAUGCAGUUAAACUGGAGAGGGUAUUUGCAAAGCCAUUUAUAUAUUCCUUAGAUGGUCAUAAAGAUGGUAUCCAGUGCAUGAUUAAGCAUUCUACUUCUUUGUCACUUAUGUUAUCAGGUUCAUAUGAUGGAGAGGUUCUAAUGUGGAACUUAGCUACACGAAAAUGUUUGCAUUCUGUACAAGCACAUGAUGGAAUAGUACGAGGAUUAUGUAUGCCUGGGAGUGGUGACCGAUUAUUAUCUGUGGGUGAUGACAAAAUAAUCAAGCACUGGAGUUUAGAAGAACCAGCUUUGACUGAACCGAUUGAUGCCAUUAUUACUAAAACUGUGCUUACUGGCAUCAGUCAUCAUAGAAAAAAAUCCAUGUAUGCCACUUGUGGUGAAAGAGUAGAUAUUUGGGAAGAAACCAGAUCAGAACCAUUGCGUUCUCUCUCUUGGGGAGUAGACACCAUAAAAUCUAUAAAGUUUAAUCCUAUUGAAGUAAAUAUUCUUGGAAGUACAUGUAGUGAUCGCAGUAUCAUUUUAUAUGAUGUUAGAGAAGCUGAACCAUUAAGAAGGGUGAAAAUGAGUUUAUGUACAAAUGCAAUAUCUUGGAAUCCAAUGGAAGCAUUUAUAUUUGUGGCAGCCUCAGAAGAUUACAAUUUGUAUUCAUUUGAUAUGAGAAAAUUGAAUGUUCCAAUACAAAUUCAUAAAGAUCAUACGUCAGCUGUUUUAGAUGUUGAUUAUUCUCCUACUGGUCGAGAGUUCGUCUCAGGAAGCUAUGACAAAACAGUUAGAAUAUUUCCUCUCAAUUCUGGCAGAAGCAGAGAUGUUUAUCAUACAAAACGUAUGCAAAGACUUACUUCUGUUCUGUGGUCAUUGGAUAAUAGAUACAUAUUAACAGGAUCGGAUGAAAUGAAUAUUCGAAUGUGGAAAUCCAAAGCAUCUGAAAAACUUGGUGCUAUGGCUUAUAGAGAACGUAUGGCUCUUAAUCAUGCCGAGAAACUUAAAGAAAAGUUUGCUCGACAUCCUCAAAUUCAGCGUAUUGCAAGACACAGGCAUGUACCUAAGCAUGUAUACAAUGCUGCAAAGGAGCAUCGUAUCAUAUUGGAGUCUCAGAAGAAGAAGGAGGCUAAUCGCCGUGCACACAGCAAACCUGGAACUGUUCCAUUUGUCAGUGAGCGUGUUAAACAUAUUGUUCAAGAAGAAGAAUGAUUGUAUAAAUGUAUAUAAUAAAAUAUUGUUUUUAUAAAA